CACAGAUGGCAUUCAAUCUCCGCCUGUUCCUCCUCCUUUGUGGGGCCUGUGUGCUGUUGACUGAAGCUUGCGGCCCUUCACAAAGCAAAAGCAAAGGCAAAGAUUGUAGCUGUCCCAAGGGCUGGACUCAGUACCAAAGCUACUGUUACAUCUAUCAGGAGUAUAACAGGACUUUUGCAGAUGCAGAGAGGGUCUGCCAGCUGUUCCAUGGUAAUCUGGUGUCCAUCUGCGACGUAGUGGAAAAUGCUAUCGUUCUUCAACUGAUUCGGAAUCAUAAUGAUGGGGACCUCGUAGACACCUGGAUAGGACUCCACGAUAACCUUGAGGAAGGAGAUUACAUGUGGGUUGAUGGCACCGAUGUUAGUUUUACAAACUUUGGGGUCCUUCCCACCCCCCCUGAUGCUGACGGUGAAGACUGUGUGGAGAUUGAAGAAGAUGAUGGACUGUGGGAUGACGACGAAUGCACAGACGGGAAUCCAUAUGUUUGCAUCAGACCCGUGUGCAUUGACUAAUACGCCUUCGGACCAUCUUAUCUUCUCUGACAAUGUCUGUCCCCAAACAUGAUGACCUCCAGAUAUGAGACUCAAACUUCAGCGCUAUCUUUGUCUUUUGCAAUCCAGGGUUGUUCGUGUUAACUGUCAGUCAAGCUUAUUGGAACCACAAAUUGUAUCUCUUUAAUAAAUGAAGAAGUCUGUUUGA